CGCCAUUUAACGACAUGUUUGGCUGUUUUAUUGAACAGAUGAAUUUCUUAUCGUGUCUCUUGUAAGGGAAUCAUGUUUUCAACGGACCUCAUAGUGUUAAAAAUAUGUGAAAAUGAUGUAGCUUCACACUAGUAAACAAGAAUUCAACAGUUAUGUGGUACAAGCUAUUGAUGUUGAUACAUUUAUGCGCAGCAUUUCCGCUGAAAUGUCCUGAAACAGCGCAAUGGGCACUACGUGCAAAUAGUCUCUGUGCGGAUCCAUCAAAAUAUUUUUGUUUAAGGAAUGAUCUUAUCAACGGAUAUUCUGAAAACUGUACAAGGUCCGACUUUCAGCAACCAGGUAGAAAAGCAGUUCUUCGUGGAGGAAUAGAUGCAGAUAUAUGUUCUAAAGAAAGAUAUCAACCAUUCCCACUCAGGUUUUACACAAAUGUUAGUACACAUUGUUUAUUUUUUAAAUCAUUCUGCAAUGAGGAGGGUCAAGUUGUAUAUGACCGUGGAAACCGUAACACUGAUACUACAUGCAGAUGUGACUACAGACGAGGUUAUGAUUUCCUUGUUAAACCAAACAACCUAUGCUUUUGUAAACCACAACAUGAAGAUUGUUCCUGCUACUUGAAGACCUGUUCCAAUAAAAGAAAAAUAUUUUCACCGGAUUACGACUGCAUUGAUAAAAUGAACCGUACUGUGGUUACGCAAUGUCGACCAAUAACAGAUGACAAAGACACCAGUAGUGAAAGACCUGUUAACAUAGAUAUAAUUCCAUUGGAAGACAAUGUUUUUUUUCUAGUACCCUGGAAGAAAAAUGCAGCAAUGGUAGUAGUAGUUCUUAUAUUUUGUAAGUUGUAUUUAUUUUUCUAUUAUAACAGAUACAUGUACGUAUUAUAAACAACGAAG